AUGGCGACCCCAGAAGAGCAACCCGCCGCACUGGAUACCGAUGAUAUCCCCCGCAUUCCCCGGAAGCGACCUGCUGGUCGGGGGAGAGCGUUUUACCCCCGGAAGAGGGCCAUUACAGCUUGCCAGGUCUGCCGAGCACGCAAGACCAAAUGCGACAACCUGAAGCCGGCAUGCUCAUACUGCCUGAAAGCCGGAGUUACAUGCGUGCAGUCCCCUGUCGACUUGUCGUCGUUCGACCCUGCGAGCUUGAAAAUCCUCGAGCGACUGGAUGAAUUGGAAAAUGCAAUCCAAGAGGGCUUCCAAAACAUCCCCCGCGAGAAGCACGAUGAUGAGAACGUACCGUCAACUCCCGGAGAUCAGUGGGCAGAGUCCUCCGACAACGACGAUGUUUCGCUAAGAAGCAUUUUGCCGGAGAAAAUUGAAAGCCUGUUGCAGUGGUCAAUCUUCCAGGACCAACCGAUUUCGAAUCCACCAGCACAUGGCCCCUCGGACCUGGCACCGACACCUCCCAGUAGCCUGGGGGACGUUCUUGACAUCCAGCCGAGUGGAAUAAACGCACUGCUCGACAGUUUCUUCCUCAAUGUGCACUGCAAGAAUCCAAUAUUUGUGGAGAAACGCACGCGGAAGCUCGUUUUAAACAAGCUCUCGGAAGGCAUCGACUGGUCCCCGGAGUCAUGCCUGGCCCUCCUGGUCUGUGCCUUGGGGAGGAUAGCCACCCCUUUCCGACCGAACCCCGAAACUGGGCCCAAUACAGUGCCAUUCACGGAGUCGUACGUCUUUUUCCAGGCUGGUCAGAAGAGGCUCGGCAGUCUCCUUUGCCAGCCGAGCCUCAUCGGACCCCAGUGCCUGCUUCUAUCGGGCAUCUACAUGAUGCAUGUAUACCAGCCAAUCUACGCCUGGAGGCUCUUUUCCCAGGCCCUUGCUGCAUGCCAACACCUCCUCAUACUGGCCAGGGCGGCCCACAGCGCCUGCACGACGGGCACACCCGGAACUCCUGUGGGCUCAAUGGACGUUGCAGGACUUGAAACGCAGCAGCAGGCCCUAUACUGGUCGGCGUGGAAGUCAGAAAGGGAGCUUCGUUCUGAGCUCCUCUUGCCUGAUUUCAACCCCUCUGCUUCAACCCUGAAUCUGUACCCUUCCUUUUUCCCUACACCCCCCGUGUCAGCUGAGGUCAUCGGAGACACGAGCGUUGACCACGAGAGGGCAUCAUGGUUAUUCUAUCUGUCUGAGAUAUCCCUACGGCGUCUCUUUAGCCGCGUCUCUCAUGAGAUCAUGGACUUGCACCGUAGCUCAGGCUCCAACGCGAAAUUUCUCGAAGAGUUGCGAUAUCUUGUCCCCGAGUAUGAGGCUCAGGCCCAACAAUGGGUCGAAAGUCUACCCCCGGAGCUGUCACUGGAACUGCCUUCUGAAAGAGAUGGCGUGUGCGUCUUCGUCCUCCGCGGACAUCUUGUAAACUUUUACGAAGCACUCUACUGGCCAUUUCUGAUGGCCCGUCUCACGGCUGCUUCCAUCUCCAGCCCUGAUUUGGCCAGAGCUGUGGAUGAGCUAGCGAAGAAGGGCAUUGAGGCUCAUGUCCGCAGGAUCUACGUCAACUUACCGGGAUUCAUGCAUCGUCACCACGGGACCUGGUUCAUGAUCCGCACAUGCAUGAGGAGCGCUGUGAUCCUUCUUGGCGCAGCAAAGCUAAAGUACGCUCUACCGCAGUGCUGGGGCGACGCUGUUUGGCAGGUCUGGCGGCUUGUCUCCGAAUGGGAAGGGGAGAUAUCGGAUCUCAGGGAGUGGAACCGCUUCUUGAGGCAGUCCCUGGAACUGCAUGGCAUAUCCGUUGCCUGA